GCGACACGAGAUCGAGAGUGAGCGACGAUCGCCGACGAUGACUGAUCAACCACCACCUUAUUAUGCGGAGAAAACUGGCCCCUACCCGCCCCAGCCUCAGGCUGCCUACCCUCCUCCACAACAGGUCAAGUCAAGUCCGUCGUAUUUCGUAAUCAGCUGUCGCAAACUGCUGGCGUGGGCCAUGCACGGUACCUCUUGUGGACACUACACGUUCCGUCGGGGAGCGUUUGCAUUUCUCUUCUAGACGAUUGCAUGCAGCUCAGCAAUUGUGAAGUGAACAAUGUAGAUUGUUAGUCACUCAUGACUUGUCACAUCCGAUGAAAACGAGACUAACCUAUAGGUACGAUGCAUCUAUACGCACAGGGCAAGAAGACAAGACGAGGCAAACACCACG